AUGGGAUUCUCCAAAACCUGUCUGUCUCUUUUCUUGUUCUUCAUUUCAUUUUCUUUAUCAUGUGCAACUUCUCGCAUCACACUUCAACACCCUUUUCCAUCAACAACAAAAUUUUCGUCAAAUCAACGAGCGGAACAGCUUAUAAGAAGCUUCAACCUAUUCCCAAAGCAUUCAGCUAAUAUUCAUGGUGAAUACUCUAUCGAUGAUUUCGUCCCAGGAAAAAUCGUAGAGAAGUCGUUUUCGUUUCUAGCUAGUUCUAAUGGAACUUCAGUUGAAGAUCUCGGUCACCAUGCUGGAUACUAUUCGCUUCCUCGUUCCAAAUCUGCAAGGAUGUUCUAUUUUUUCUUUGAAUCAAGAAGUGGUGCUAAGGAUGCACCAGUUGUGAUAUGGUUGACAGGAGGUCCGGGUUGUGCCGGUGAAUUAGCUUUGUUUUAUGAGAAUGGUCCUUUUAAAAUCAACAAUGAUUUGUCUCUUUCAUGGAAUGAUUAUGGCUGGGACAAGGGAUCAAAUAUUAUUUUUGUUGACCAACCCAUUGGGACAGGUUUCAGUUACAGCUCAGAUGAAAAUGAUAUUCCUACUGAUGAAACUGGUGUUAGCAAUGAUUUGUACGCCUUCUUGCAGGCAUUUUUCAAGGAACAUCCUGAAUUGGUUAAGAAUGACUUUUACAUUACCGGAGAAUCAUAUGCUGGACACUAUAUUCCAGCUCUUGCAUCCCGGGUUCAAAAAGGAAACAAAAACAAAGAAGGAAUCGCUAUAAACUUCAAGGGUAUUGCUAUUGGUAAUGGAUUGACGAAUCCAAGAAUUCAGUAUCAAGCAUACACUCAAUUUGCAGUUGAUAACAAAUUGAUUACAAAGGAAGAUCAAGCUGAAAUCGACCAGUUAGUCCCAUCUUGUGUGGAUGCCACAAAAACUUGCGAGAGUGAAGGUGGAGGAGAUAGUUGCAUUACAGCCUUAGAUCAAUGUCAGCAGAUAUUUUCCAGCAUUCUUUCCAUUGCUGGCAACAUUAACUACUAUGACAUCAGAAAGCAAUGUGAAGGAGAAUUGUGCUAUGAUUUCUCAAAUCUGGAGACACUUUUUAAUAAGAAGACAGUUAGGGAUGCGUUAGGUGUCGGGGACAUAGAGUUUGUUUCAUGCAGUAAUGCAGUGCAUAGUGCAUUGAAUCAAGAUUCGAUGUUAAACUAUGACGUAGAUAUUCCAGCACUUCUUGAGGAUGGAAUUAAAGUUCUUAUAUAUGUUGGCGAAUUUGAUCUUAUUUGCAAUUGGCUUGGGAAUUCAAAUUGGGUUCAUGCCAUGGAGUGGUCAGGUCAAAAACAGUUUGCUGCAUCGAAAACAGCUCAAUUUUUGGUUGAUGGUACACAAGCAGGAUUGUUGAAUAGUUAUGGACCUCUCUCUUUUCUAAAGGUGAAUGAUGCUGGACAUUUGGUUCCUAUGGAUCAACCAAAAGCAGCACUUCAGAUGUUGGUUAACUGGAUGGAAGGGAACCUGAAUGGCACGAAAAUUUAGUCUCUUUUUUAUGUAAUAUUUGGUGGGUGAAAUUUAUAUUUCUGCCCACAUAUUAAAUCAAAAGAUAAGCGUUGAAUUCAAGUAUAUUUAUUUUAUAUAACAUUCA